AAUUACAUUUCGCCACAACCCUCUUUAAUGAAGAACAGCGAGAAAUUGACGCAGAAGCGUUGAAGUCAGACCUCAAAGAAAUGACAACGUUUUUAGAAAAAAUUGAAGGUGGUAUUAUUGAUUCCAAUAAUAACAUUAACACUGUUCUCAAAGAGGUGCAAAUUAUCAAAAGCCAACUGGAACGAAACUCCGCCAUCGGUGAAGUAAAGACGGCCUAUAUAGACCCAAAGGAUUUAACCGAUCCUCAAGUUGGAAGAGAAACUGAUACACGAGGUGACGAAAAAUCGCCGAUCGUCAAGAAGUUGUUAAAUCGAUCCACCGAAGUCGCCUGUAAUCCUAAGCCCAAACAAAUUAAAGAUGAUGGCUCGGUCGAAAGUCAAAAGAUCAAAACUCAACUUGUUAUAUUAGGAAAAUUAAAGGAUUCUCCCAAUAUCCUCAAAUUCUAUGGUCUUUCGGAAGUUUCCGACCGCGAAGUCAUGGUUUUCGAAUGGGCAGAACAUGGUUCGCUUAAAGAAGUGUAUGAGCGUCAUGAUAUUUCGUGGCGUUCAAAAGUUCAAGUAGCUCUCGAUAUUUGUCGGGGCCUUGUAUUUUUGCAUACCUGCGAAAUUCUUCACCACGACAUUCGAUGUGCGAAUAUCAUGAUGACAGCGAGACUCGAACCAAAAAUAUCAAAUUUCUCGUAUGCUCGUCAUGAUUCCGAAGAAACAACCAAGUUAAAAAAUUUUAUUGAUGCCGUAC